AUGUUGAGGCAACACUUCUCGUAUGAGCUGGUGGGCUACACGCAGGCCCCCUCCGCCUUGCUUCCCAAACAAGCUGAGGAGAGCAGGCCGGAGUUUGCGCCGGGGCAGCUCCAGCCACAGUCCGGGAAUGGGACCACCCGAGCGGGCGGUGGCAAGAGCGAGCAGCAGCUGCUGCGGAGAAAGAUCAACAGCCGCGAGCGGAAGCGGAUGCAGGACCUCAACUUGGCCAUGGACGCACUACGAGAGGUGAUUCUGCCCUACUCGACGGCUCACUGCCAGAGCUCGCCGGGGCGGAAGCUUUCCAAAAUCGCCACGCUGCUCUUGGCCCGGAAUUAUAUCCUUUUGUUGGGAAGCUCGUUGCAGGAGCUCCGGAGAAUCAUAGGGGAGAUAAGCGGCUCCGCAGGUCCCAGGCUGCUUCUGGCUGGACUGCCUCUCUUCGCCGCCGCCGUCGCCCCGGGCCCGGUGCUGCUAACGCCGGGGAACGUGAGCCACCACCACCUGCACCACCACCACCCUGACAGGCUGCGACCGGCCAGCAAAUACCUCUCGGCGGCCCUGGAGGAGCAGCGGUGCGGCCAGGUGCACGUACCCGGAGGUGCUCCCCUGUGCUCGUGCGCCGCUUGCAAGUACCCCCACUUGUUUCCUUCCGGCCUCGGGGUGGCCGCUGUGCAGACGCAGUUUUCCAAAUGAGUCUCCCCUUCUGAGCUGAGGAGGGAUAGGGACGGAGGGAGCCCGGCCGGCAGCAAUCGAAACUGGGGGCCGAGCCGGGAGGACUCAAGGAGCCUCGCUCCUUCUCCUUUUAUUACUCGGUUUGGAUAGAGCGACAGCCAGGGAAGAGAGACAUGAACGUGAAGACUUUGGAAAGGACGGUUUUACAUGCUUUCCUUUCAAAUCAGGUGCGAGAUCACCGGGACAAAAGUCUGAUUUUGACCCUGGGGUGUGAUUUGAAGAAGUGGCUGAGAUGGGGCAAUUGGAUUAAAGAGGGUGAAACUGAGUCCAACCAAGCAGGCCAUUUGAAGAUACAGCUUUGCACUGGGCAUGAAAUCAAUGCCAAGGCUGUUCAGGAUGCAAAAACUAUCAAAGAUUUCAUGGAGCCUCAGAACUGGAAGGAGCCCUCUGCUUAAUGCAAGAAUCCAAAUGAAAGCAUUCCAGACAGAUGGCUCUCCAGCCUCUGGUUGAGCACAUCCAGCAAAGGGGAG